AUGGGAGGCUCUAGACCAGUCGCACUCGUUAUCGGUGCUUCCAGAGGGAUUGGAAGGCAGGUUGCAAUCGAUCUAGCAAAAGAAGGAUAUGCCGUCGUUGUUGCGGCCAAAACAACAUCAGAUGCCGCCAAAACGGUGCCAUUUCCGCCAGACCCAAACUCGCAGCAAUCCACCAUCAAUACAGUAGCUCGAGAAAUAAACGAAUCGGGGGGUGAAGCUGUUGCUCUCCCGGUUGAUACCCGAGAUGUUGAGGCUGUCAGCAACCUAGUUCGACAGACUGCAGAAGAGCUAUAUGGGAGACUAGACGUCCUAGUCUAUAAUUCUGGUGCCAUUUGGUGGUCGUCCGUCGAGAACACGCCUGUUAAACGUUUUAUGCUCAUGCAGCAAGUUAAUCCGGAGGGUCUCUAUGCUAGCGUACAUGCAUCUCUCCCAUAUUUUAAAAAGAAUGGGUGGAAAGGAAGAAUUAUAGUCGUCUCUCCGCCAAUAUAUUCCCGGUUCUUUAGGGGGAAAACUGCUUAUGCCAUGGGCAAGGUUGGAAUGAGUGUUCUUACAAAGGGCCUCGCGAUGGAUUUCGUUAGGCAAGAGAGACAUCAAAUGGCAAUCACAAGCAUUUGGCCAGCUGUGUCAAUUGAAUCCGCUGCAACCCAGCAAUCCACCAAACUAGACCCAUCAUCUUUAAAAGAUCUACGCAAGCCGACAAUAUUUUCUGAUGCUAUCCUUGCUAUUUUAAAGUCCCCGCCGGCUGUAGUUAAUGGUCUCUUGACCUUGGACGAAGACUUCCUGCGCAAACACUGCGGUGUCACGGACUUCUUGCCCUACUCAGUGGUCCCUGGGGCGAAUCCAAGGCGUAUUAUGCCCAAAAGCCUUCCGGUUCUAGAGGUUGAGGAGCAAGAUGACGAGGGGAAGCGAAUGGAUUCUACGAUUCUAAGGCACAAGAGCAAGACGGGUACGAAGCUAUAA